CAACACCAUCCAGAUCCGGGACCAGACAUCAACAAACGGCUGGCUGAAACCUUCUGGCUUUACCAACACAGUUUGCUCCCAGUUGGGAAAAGUGCGUACGUGUGUGCAUAAUCAUGAUGAGAUAUUGAACCGAGAGGAGCCGUGGUUACCAGGGACGAGUCACGCGGCAUUCAGUUAAAAUAAACAACAUUGGUACUUUUUCUCUUCUUCAUCUAGCGGCUAACCACUCUUCCUCAAUUCUCUGGUCAUCUUUUGUGAUAACCGAAGGGUACAAAGUCUCUCCUUCAAAGGAAAAAGAAAGAGAGAGCGUCGUUAAAGAAACCUUGGAGACCAGAAAAAGCCUACACAAAAUAAAUGGAGGAAACACAAGGAAAAGAGAAAAUCGUGGUGAAGCGCUUUUGUUGGUUCGUUUGGGGGUGAAACAUAAAACACUCAAGAAAAAGGAAGGAGGGGCAUAGAGAGAGUUGGGUGUUGUGUCUUGUCGGCCUCGCUAGUCAGACGAAAACAUUCCGAGCGAACGAGCGGAUCGACUCGCUCGCGUUCCGCAGCAAUCAACAGGUGUCUGUCGCUAACCGAAAAAAUUACGACCAAGGAGCAGACGGUAGCUUGUUUGUUUGAGUCUGUGUUUUGUCGAAUCUUUUAUCGCAAGCACACGUGGAGAAGUAGUGACUUGGCGUAGUAUACUUUAGGUCAUGAAUCUGUUGUUGAGCAACCGUUGGAUCAUUACCUUAUUCCAUAAUUGCCAUCGCCAAUCCGCCAGCAGUUCCUCGUCGUCAGCAGCUAAUUUAUUUAAAUCAGAAUCCGCACAGUGAAACGCCCACCCACAACAAGACAAUUUGUUGAUCAAACAAGUUUUCUCGACUGUCGAGACGCAGUCAAGGCGCUGUGUGCCGAAUACUUUCGGCCACGUUGGUUGUGUGACAGCUUCUCACAUUGACGUCACACUAAAUAAAAAUCUGCCGUCUCAUUCACCGAAACAGAAAUGAUGUUGGUCAGCAAAAUUUGUGCUGCGAUCCUGCUCGCAGUGCUGAGACUCGGAGCGGGAUUGUUACCUUUAAAAGUGUAUCAAAAACUCGACAAGUGGAGCCAACGUGGAGACCUUAAAGCUGCUGAAAAGCAAACAAUCAACAAACGACGAAAACGAGUGGAUUUGUUCAUGUCUGUCUUUUUGUGCUUUGGCGCCGGACUGCUACUUUCCACCUGCUUCAUUCACAUGAUUCCAGAGGUUCGAGAUUCGUUCGACAAGGUGAUUAAAUCGGGUCAGUAUCCGGCUCUGGAACAAUUCCCAUUCUCGGAAGGCAUCGUCGUAUUGGGUUUCUUUGCCGUUUACCUAUUUGAAGAACUCGGAGAACUGUUGAUGGGUCAUGGCGAAAAGAAGAAGAAAAAGAAGAAAACAAAUGCUGCAGGAUCUCCUACGGUCAAUGGCCAAAGUCCUGUUAAAAUGGUCACAUCUGACUCGGAAGAUGAUCGCCACAAGCUGACGAUUAUAACAGUGCCUAAAGAGGACAUAGGCACUAAACGCGUGACUGAGGAAGGAACUGACAACGAUUCCGACGAUUCCAGCCAUCAUGGACACAACCAUCAUGGGCAUAGCCAUGGGCCUCCACCCAUACUGUCGGACCUGGAAGAACGAUCUGUCGCGGCAGCGAUACGCGGCUUCCUGUUGGUCUUUGCACUGUCGUUCCAUUCUAUUUUCGAAGGAAUGGCGAUAGGAUUGCAGCCAACUCUGAAGGACAUUUGGUUCCUAUUUGCAGCCGUUACAGUUCACGAGCUGGCAAUCAUGUUUUGUAUCGGGAUGGAGAUGUUGGCCUCCCACAUUCGUGUAGGCAUUUACAUUGCCUACAUGGUCACACUGGGUCUUAUCACUCCUAUCGGAGUGGCCAUUGGAAUAUUCGUCACGGAAUAUUUUCAAGAUCCUACGCCGUCUCACACGUUAACCAUCGGCAUCCUUCAAGGAGUCGCAGCCGGAACUCUCCUUUACGUCACAUUUCUCGAAGUGUUGGAACGCGAGCGAAGGAAAUCCGGCAAUGGAUUAAUUAAGCUUUUAUCCGUUUUCGUCGGCUUUGUCCUCCUGUCAUCACUUGAAGCCUUGGGCGGUCACGGAGAACCAACAACAGAUCACCAAACACAAACAACUGUCGGAUUAUCGUUUGUUUUGCAACCCGUCACGACACCACGUUACACCUUCUAUUCACCGAGUGCCUGAAAAGCUGCCCAGCGUCAAAGGAUAUAUUCUGUCAUGUUCCUGCGAAGACCUGUAUAACAUUCCCCGUUUUUGUACACAAAAAAAGAAAAAAAAAAGAAAUAAAGACAAAUCUUUUUAUUGAUGGUAAUAUUCAAAGAUGAACGUUUGGUUCAAAAAUGAAAAGAAAAAAAUAAAGAGUUAAAGUUGA